ACAAGAAUUAAAUUCAUCAUUAUCAUCUUGCAAAUAUCAUAGGUCAAUGGAAUGAGUUAAGUUAACGAUAGAAAAUAGGUCAUGGCUUCUAGGAGGAAGCCAAACAAACCUAUUCUCACAAUUCCAUCAUGUGCAACUGUCAACGAAAGGAGCCCCACCCCGUCACCUCCUCCCAGUCAGGAGUCUUCCAUGGAUUCGUUUGUAAGACAACUUAAAGAAGCUGUAGAAGACACUGAGCUUUCCACAGCCCAGAGGGCUAGGAUGAAUGAGUUCUUCAACCAGAAGCUUCUGCUCGGAAGUGAAAUGAAUGACGAGGAUUUCGAGAAGAUACACGAACUUGGAGCUGGUAAUGGAGGUGUGGUGAGCAAAGUUAGACAUCUCAAAUCGGGGAUAAUCAUGGCUAGAAAGUUAAUAAGACUGGAGAUCAAGCCUACCAUAAGAUAUAGAAUAAUGCAAGAGCUGACAGUUCUACACAAGUGUAACUCACCCUACAUUGUGGGAUUCUACGGAACCUUCUUCAGCCCAACUGUGGGGGAAAUAUCCCUUUGUAUGGAGUACAUGGAUGGUGGAUCCUUGGAUCUUAUUCUCAAGAAAUGUGGACGGAUCCCUGAACCAAUUCUAGGGAAAAUAACCGUAGCGGUGUUGGAAGGAUUGAAGUAUCUGAGAUACCAACAACAAGUUUUACACAGAGAUGUGAAGCCUAGUAACCUCCUAGUGAACACUAGAGGAGAGAUCAAGAUGUGUGAUUUUGGUGUCAGUGGUGAACUUAUCAACUCUAAAGCUAAUACCUUUGUGGGAACUAGAUCUUAUAUGUCGCCGGAGAGGUUGUUAGGAACCAGAUACAACAUCAGGUCCGAUAUCUGGAGUCUUGGAUUGUCCCUGAUUGAGAUGGCUAUAGGACAGUACCCAAUACCUCCACCUGAUCCUGCUACCCUUAGAGAAAAUAGAGAUAAGACUUUAACAGCUGGAGAUACGGUUGAGGAUAAUGACCCCCGACCACCCAUGGCUAUAUUCGAGCUUCUUAAUUAUAUCGUUAACGAGAACCCGCCAACACUUCCAGUGGAGGAUACUUUCUCGGAGCCUUUUAGGGACUUCGUCAGUAAAUGUUUGGUCAAAGAUCCUCAAGGGAGGUCAGACAUAGCUGAUUUAGAGGCACACGAGUUUUACAUAAUAUCUCGAAACUCUGACGUAGAUAUGGCAGAAUUCGUAAGGAGUACGAUCAACAAUAGUCAGUGAUAGGAUAACAUGAUUCGGUUCCCGAGAACCAGGUCUUCUGCUCUGCACUAGGAUGAACCAAGCCGACAAUUUGAUGUGACUUCUCAACUUAAGGACGCCCUGGACAUUCGAGAAGUAUUAUAACAAACGUGUAAAUUCGAAAGGAAAAGAAAUGCUGAAAAAACAAACUAUCAAAAAAGAGGGACCAUUCAGUUGGCUGAAUAUUUAAACUGUUCUAAUUCGUUGUUUGAGGGGUUAUGAUAUUGGAGACUUUCUUUUAAGUCUCGUUAUUUCCCCACUUACCAGACAGAUGACAUGUUGGAUUUAUUUUUGAAUAAAGAAUCAUUUUUAUUCCCAGUUGUUUUAACCUCAUGCAAAUUUUGCUAUUUUGGCUGCCCAAUUUUACAGGGUUUACCCAACGCAAUCACGGAUCAAAAAACGAUCUUACCAAAACUUAAGAAUGCAAAAUAUUUAAAGGGACCAAACUUCUCACGGCGUCUAACGUUAAAUUUCCCGGGAGAAUUUGAUUGUAAUCCAGAAAUUCAGGAGAAUGGUAUUUAAUUUUAGGUUUAAGUUUUGAAAUUUUCAAUUUGUUUCACGGUUUUGAGUCGAUUUUAACUUGCCCAUGUUAUUUGUGCUAUAGCCCCGUGUGCAUGAGUAAGGUGUGUAUUUAUAAUGCCGUUUAAUGUUGAAACUAAACACAACUGCGUCAAAGCUGGGACAGCAGACCUGACUAGAUCAGGCUGAUUUGGUGCGUUUCACACUAUUGUCACGCGUACAAGCACUAUUGUCACGCGUACGAGCACUAUUGUCACGCGUACAAGCACUAUUGUCACGCGUACAAGCACUAUUGUCACGCGUACAAGCACUAUUGUCACGCGUACAGGCAUUAUUGUCACGUGCACAGUACUACAUGUCACGCGUACAGUACUACAUGUCACGUGCACACUCGUGAUAGGGAACAGUGUGAGACUUUAGUUCUCACAAACUACCAGACAAGUGGUACCAGUCUGCUUCCCAAGUUUGUCACGGUAAAGCUUUUAGGGCCUAGCGUAUGGUCAGCAUAUGCUAUCAUAUGGUUAGCGUAUCCACAGUAAAUUAUUUGUUCUUCACCCAAGUUUUCUGUUAUUAAAAA